AAGCACAGUCAGAUCCCAUUUGCACACUUCCAGUGGAUGCUGUUGAACGCACAGUGCAACAUUUCUGCUCAUCGUUCUGCGUCUUUGUCUCUUCUGCAAGUCAUUCCAGCCCUGCACGUUCUCUCCGCCAACAAACAAAAUAUACAUAUUUAUUCUAUAAACAUAAAUGCUGUAAUAAAAGUAGAUUACCUGUGCUUGUAGAGGUGUGCGAAAUUUCCGAUUCUUAGAUUAUUCGCGAUUUGGCCGUGGAAGAUUUGAGAUUUAUUCACAAACAUCCAAAUUCCCAUUAUUGAAAUACGCCACGUAAAGCAGAACUAAAACACAGUCUGAACAGUCUUCGGGAUGCAAUGAGGAACGGGCCGAGUGUAAAUAUCUUGCUCCACUCAUGCCGCUAGAUAAAAAAACAAUAAUACCUGACUGCGGCUGACAGCCGCUACAAACUACGCCCACGUAAUGCCACGGUAGAUCGCAUGUAUAUAGAAGUAGAUGCGAAAUGACAGACUCGACGGCGUUUGCUCAUGUAUACAAAACUAGACGCAGAAUGACAGACUCGGCGGCGUUAGCACAUGUAUAGAAAACUAGAUGCGUAAUGGCAGACUAGCCGGUGUUAGUAAACAGCCGCCAUCUUAAAGUAAUAGACUUCUCCGGAAGGCUGUUGUAGCGAACCUUCUGAGCGAACCUAAUUAACUUUUUAUCUAAAAUACUUCUAAAUCAGCAAAAUGUCGAAAGUAGACAGAAGGGAAAUUAUGGAAUAACGGGAGCGAUUUUAACAACUUUAACGGUUGAUUCACAACAUUAAAUUAAUUGAAUGUAGUUUAAAGCUGCUGACACAGAAUGGGGACUUUAUUUUAUUUUACUGUUUGAACUGUUAACUUGAUACUGAAAUAGUUUAUUUAAGCCUGAGAGGAUGUUUUUGUACAAUUUUUGUAACUAAUGUACGAAACAUUAAAAGCAGCUAAUAGCUGGGGGGAGCUGUGCAUCAAUAGUCGAUUUAUAAUCGAAUCGUAGCCUCUGAAUCCUAAUCGAAUCGUUAUGUGCCCCAAGAUUCCCACCUCUAUGUUCUAGUAUUCACCAUUGUACAGCAGGUUGUUUUCGUUUCAUUUAUUCAUUAAUUGUAAGCAAAGUGGAUAGGAGGGUUACUUUUAAACAUAUUUAAAGCUGGGUUAUUUUGGCUCUAAACUUAGCUGCACUUUUAAGGACAAUCCUAUAAGCGAUGCUGCUGACUCAGGAUACUCUUAUUUUUCCCUUCUCUUUUCCAAGAUGCCCCCUUUACAUUAGCCUGAUAAACUAGCAUGACUUUCUCCAUGUACAAGCUACAUGACAAGUGAGUCUGGUCUUUUGUGGUCUCGGCUGCAAUUCAAUAUCAGUGCUCGAGGUGUGGCUAACAAGGACAUACUGAAUCUGAAAGAACCAAACACAGAAGCACGGACGUGACAUAAACACAAAGGGACGGGCUGUUAGUUGUCAAUUUGUAGUUCAUAAGCAAUCAUGGUGAUAACUGCUGUUUUUGUGUGAACAAUGUAAGAGUACGUGAUGUAUUGUCUUGCACAGUCCUUGUUUUUGAAAAGAGAACAAUUGAUAAAAGUUUGUUAGAUUUGUGGACUGCCUUUGGCUAAGUCUGACAGCUAGCGAGUGUAUGUGCCAAGUUUGUUGUGGUAUUCUCUCGCGCUUUGAACGAGAUUUUACAUAGUACAAGCAAGGGCAGGACGCUGAAAAAGGUACGAUUGAGUCCCCUACAGCAGCCUGUUCGUCGAAUAUACAGUAUGUGGGGAAAAAAAAAAAAAAAAAAAAAAAAAAAACGAGAAUGCACAACACCUUCCAAAACUCCCAUGAGUGUAAACAAAGAUUUGACACAUCAGAAAGCCCCGCCUCGCGUGCUGUGAUUUAUCAGUCCAGAUUGGACUAGAAUGGAAAUCCAAUUGAAAUCACAGAAUACCAGACUGAGUUUCCUUUUAUCUUAUACAAAGCAAAAGUCAGGCUGGCUUGCUAGGCUCCCUUUACAUUGGAAGCCUAUUGCAGCAGAUCAACUGCUCAUUUGUCGUCUUCUCGUUCGUCAAAACUUUCAACACCAUAGGUUGCUUUGUUGUUAUUUGUUGUUUGUUGUGCGUCAUGUGGCCCCACAGUGGACUGUUUUCAGUUAUUUGGCUGUGACAUUCAUGAAAGGAAACCAUCGGUGUUUAACUGUUGCGCCUUAUUCUGACAGCAUAUCCUUGUACCGGCAACAGAAACAAUGUUUUGGGCUAGAGGCCUUCUACUCCAUAUUUACGACAGAGCAACAGGACCACGUCAAGUCCGUGGAGUAUCUGAGGAACAACUUCCGUCCCCUGCAGGACCUUGAUAAUAGGAAAGUGUUCAAGUCUGCAGUGACGGAUGCCUGGCAGAAAGACUUGACUGACAUUCACGGGAAUAGCCACAGCACUGAGGCAUCAAGAGUGUGCAGCAGUGCCCCAGUAAGCAUGAAGAUCCAACCGCUGAAUCAGACAGCCCUGAUGGUGAGCUGGGAACGCCCCUUGACUGUGUACCAUCCGCCCAUCACCAGCUACAUGGUGUCCUACAGCUGGGUGAAGCGUGACGUUGCUGAUGAGGAAACCUUUACCAAGACGGGAGAUCAAAGCAUGAAAGCUGUCAUCACUAAUGUGUCUCCAGAUGUCCUCUACCUGUUCAGAGUUCAGGCGGUAUGUCAGCAUGACCUGCGCAGCGACUUCAGCCAAACGCUCCUCUUUAGAGCCAAUACCACAAGAAUAUUUGAAGGUUCUCGUAUUGUGAAGACUGGGAUGCCUACAGUAUCUCCAGUCUCAUCAGCUGACAUGGCUCCCAUAAGCUCUGGUUCCUCCACAUGGACAUCCUCUGGCAUUCACUUCUCUAUUGUUUCCAUGGCAACGGGACUCGGCCCCUCCUCAAGUGGCAGCCAGGCAACGGUGGCAUCGGUGGUCACGAGCACCUUCUUGGCGGGUCUAGGUGUCAGCGGGGGAGUUAUCUCCUCUUUGCCCAGUUCUGUUUGGCCCACACAGGUUCCUCGAGCCACCCAGAGCCCACCUCACUCAUCUACCCCGCCCGCAAAGCUUAGCACGGAACAAGUGCCACCACAGGCUGUGGAGACUGACUCUCCUGCAGAGGACAACCAGGCUACGGCCAAAGGCGAGGAAGAGGAAGAUGAGGAGGGGGACGGAGAGGGAGAGCAGGAGGACAGGGGUGCAGAGAAGAAGAAAAAGAGCAAGACAGAACCCACUCAUGAGGAAACAAAAGCCAACAGCAGCACGGCCAAAGAGCCUGUCCACCCCACCCCUCCGUCCACAGCCAAAGAGAAAGUCACGAUCCAAGGUGGCACAGUCCCUGCAAGCACGGUACACAGCCACCUGACCCCUCCGCAGGAAAACCUCACAGACAUCAAUGCAGUCACCACUCAGGAGCCACGCAACGACAGCACGGUGAUGCAGAUUCCACAGAGUUCCACACUAUCACCAAAGAUCAGCAGUGAUGGAAAGAGUCUUUGGCCAUUCUCUAUCCAUACUGAAAAGACCACAUUGCCCAACGUGACACGAACACCUCACCCCAGCAUGGGCAGGAUGGUGUGGAUUGUCCCCUUGGUGGUGGUGUCUGCCCUGACACUGCUCUGCCUCAUCAUGCUGCUCAUCGUAAUGGUCUACUGGAGGAGGUUUUUCCAGACAGCUCACUUCUAUAUUGAUGAAAGCAGCUCUCCCCGGGUGGUGGCCAAUGAAAGCAUCCCCUUUAUCCCGAUACCAGAUGAUAUGGAGGCCAUUCCUGUCAAGCAGUUUGUCAAACACAUCAUGGAACUCUACAAGAACAACCUACAAGGCUUUUCUGAAGAGUUUGAGGAGGUCCAACGCUCCACAGCAGACCUGAAAAUCACAGCGGAACACUCCAAUCAUCCUGACAACAAGCACAAAAACAGAUACAUCAACAUUGUGGCUUAUGACCAUAGCCGAGUGAAAUUACGAGCACUGGCUGGGAAAGACGCGAAACAUUCAGAUUAUAUCAAUGCCAACUAUGUGGACGGCUACAACCGACCUAGAGCCUAUAUAGCUGCUCAGGGUCCACUUAAGUCUACCUUUGAAGACUUCUGGAGGAUGGUGUGGGAGCAGAACACUGGAAUCAUUGUCAUGAUAACAAACCUUGUGGAGAAGGGACGGAGGAAAUGUGACCAGUAUUGGCCUACAGAGAACAGCGAGCAGUAUGGCAACAUUGUUGUUACGCUGAAAUGUACCAAAGUGCACGCCUGCUACACUCUGAGGCGAUUCCUCAUACGGAACACAAAAGUUAAAAAGGGUCAAAAGGGGAAUCCAAAGGGGAAGCUAAAUGAGCGCAUUGUAAUCCAAUACCACUACACUCAAUGGCCUGACAUGGGCGUGCCCGAGUACACUCUCCCUGUCCUCACCUUCAUUAACCGCUCAUCAGCGGCCCGCACUGCAGACAUGGGCCCAGUCCUGGUGCACUGCAGUGCAGGGGUUGGGCGCACAGGAACGUACAUUGUCAUUGACAGCAUGCUGCAACAAAUCAAGGACAAAAGCACAGUCAGCAUCCUGGACUUUCUCAAACAUAUCCGCACACAGCGCAACUACCUGGUCCAGACUGAGGAGCAGUAUGUGUUCAUCCACGAUGCUCUGAUGGAGGCAAUUUUCAGCAGAGAGACAGAAGUGCCUGCCUGGCAGCUGCACGGCUACGUCAACAGCAUUCUCACCCCCAAUUCGGCUGGUCGUACUCGUCUGGAGAAACAGUUCAGGCUGCUGACUCAAUGCAACACUCGAUUUGUGGAGUGUUUCAGUGCUCACAAAGACUGCAACAAGGAGAAGAACCGCAACUCCUCUGUUGUUCCAUCCGAGCGAGCGAGGGUGGGACUCACUACUCUGCCCGGAAUGAAAGGAACAGAUUACAUUAAUGCGUCCUACAUAAUGGGUUACUACAGGAGUAAUGAGUUCAUCAUUACUCAGCAUCCUUUGCCCCACACCACCACUGACUUUUGGAGGAUGAUUUGGGACCAUAAUGCACAAAUUAUUGUCAUGUUGCCUGACAACCAGGGCCUGGCUGAGGAUGAGUUUGUUUACUGGCCAAGUCGUGAAGAGGCCAUGAAUUGCAUUGCCUUCACCGUCACACUCAUCAGUAAGGACAGACUGUGCCUCUCCAAUGAGGAACAGAUCAUCAUCCACGACUUCAUCCUGGAAGCCACGCAGGAUGACUACGUUCUUGAGGUGAGGCACUUCCAGUGCCCCAAGUGGCCCAACCCCGACGCCCCUCUCAGCAGCGCCUUCGAGCUCAUCAGGGUCAUCAAGGAGGAGGCCAUGACGCGAGAUGGCCCCACAAUUGUGCACGACGAGUAUGGUGCGGUGUCAGCGGGGAUGCUGUGCGCUCUUACCACUCUCUCACAGCAACUGGACAACGAAGGCGUCGUCGACAUCUAUCAGGUGGCCAAGAUGAUCAACCUCAUGAGGCCUGGGGUCUUUACCGAUAUUGAUCAGUACCAGUACCUUUACAAAGCCAUGUUGAGCCUGGCGGCUAGCGGAGAGUGCGGUCUCACUCACACGGACACUAACGGGGUGGCGACGAUGGCGGACAAGUGCGACCCGGCCGAGAGUAUGGAGUCGCUGGUUUGAAGAGCGUCACCAAGGCUCGACAUUUUUAAAAGAACUUCUCCCCCUGUGAGGCCUUUUUUGCCAGACUAUUGAUUAAAUAAUAAGAAAAAAAACCUUACUAUCACUUUUUUAUACUGACAAACAUUUUUGGAUAUUUAUGUUUUUGCCCUUUCUUUUUAAUCAUUGCUCGUCUUCAAAUCCUGCUGUGCACCCGUUACCGUGAUGAAGGAAAAAAAAACAUACAAAAAACAAGCGGCGCUUGUCCACUUUGCACUCAACUAUCAGUGUUACUGCCUAACUUCACCCAAGAACGUCUCGCGUUCAAACCCGGACCUGAGUCGUUCCCCAGUCCAUCUGCAUCCUGCUUGUCAGCAAACUGGUCACCUGACUCUCCACGUGGCCUCAUGCCUCUUCACCUCCAUCAAUGUCAUGUAAACGAAACAAAAUGGCUUCUUUUGCUCGUCACCACAUUCAAUGUGAACAUUUAUUGCUUUUUACAGGGAUUUAUAUUGUUAUACUGUUUUGUAAUAUAUAUCUCUAUAUAAUAUAUCCUUAAUAGCCAAUCACUCUUUGCCUAUUUGUGGACUGGCUGUUUUAGUGCUGUGGGUUUGGAUCAUGUUCGCACAGCUUUGCCAAAUGUUAUUAUUGUGAAACAUUCAACGUAGGGACACUGAUCAGCCCAAAACUAACAAAAAAAAAGUUUAAAAAAAAAAAAAAUGUGAAAAAAAUGUUUCAAUUGUCAAAGUGCAGAUACAUUUCCUCGACUAUAUGCAGAUGAAUAUACAAAAUAAAAAGUUGCUAAGAAAUGCAUGAGGAUUGUGAAGCUGUUGUACUUUUUACUGGUAUGAGGUCGGUGCUCAAAUUGGCCGUUUAAGAGAUUGUUUUCCGUUUUUAAACCCUUUCCCUGUGAAUUGUGUUUUGUCCCCGGUGGAAAUAAAACUUGUUUUUUUGCCAUUUUGGUCAACAGGUAACCUCAAAAGUGGCUAUAUUCUUCUUUCUCAAAGGACCUCUUCUGUCUCACCACUUUCAACACCAUUUUGGACCAAUGAAGACACUUAGCACUCUUGUCCAUUAACUGUCAACUUUUUUUCCCCCCAUGCAUCGAUUGAAUGUCAUUUGACAGAAGGUUUGUUCAUUCCGAAUUAGUGUUGAUGGAUACUGACUUCACUUUGGCACUUUUUUGUUCUGUUGAUCAUUAUUAUUGAGCUUUCUCUACUGUGACUCAGCCUUCUUAAAUAUAUGAAACAUUAAAUGGUCCACAUUUUAGCUGCUUCCUGGCUUUUUGUUCACUAAAAGAGCAUCUCUCACAUAUUGUCUUCCAUUUAUUUGUCAGAGAAGUGCUGUUGCACUAAAAAAUAUCACAUUUUUAUUUAAAUUUUUGUUUUCCU